AUGCCUUGGAUAGGUGAUUACUGCGAUGUAUAUCUCACGCACGAUUCGAUGAGUGUGCGCAAAGCCCACAAUUCGGGUCGCAACCAUCUGAGGAACGUGGUGGAAUACUAUCAGCAAAUCGGACAGGAAAAAGCACAAUCUGUCAUCGACUCGAUCACGUCGUCAUACGCGGCUGAGGGCCAGGCAGUCCCCAACCCUGCAAUGGUUCCUCCGGGGGCCUUCCCUCCGUUCGGAUUCCCAGAUCGUCCAGGUCAACUACCUCCUCCCCCGUUCGGCAUCCCUCCACCAGGCGCCCCGAAUGCCCCAGGCAUGCCAAUGCCCCCCGGCGGUAGAGGCCUCCCCUUCCCGCCCCCAUUCCUUCCAGCAGGCUCCGGCGCCGCUCCACCAGGCGGUCUUCCCCCACCGCCUCUCCCCAACAUGCCCCCCGGCGGCCCCGGACAGGGCUUUCCCCCCGUCCCACCACCAGGCGGCUUUCCGCCGACCUUCCAGAUCCCGCCUCCUGGCGGCCCAGGCCAGGGUUUCCCGCCUAUGCCGCUGCCGAACCAGCCCGGUUUCAGCCCCAGCCCUGGGCCCGGUGUAACGGGCCCGCCUGCACCGCCGGGACUCGGCCCGUCGGGGUUUUCGGGACCUCCGCCGGGACUGGGUGAGAAGCGAUGA